AUGGUUCGAAAGGUGUUCAAAGCCAAAACAUACUUAGCAGCUGCUGGGAUAACACAAGAUGAACCGAUUCAUAUGACAACAUACUCUAUCAAAGCAGUGUAUCAAAGGUUACAGGGCAACUUCCUGAAGGUAUCAUGGAGGAAAAUCAUUUGUAAUAACCAGGGGGCGCAAAAGUGGAUAUUCAUACUAUGGUUGGCUAUACAAGGUAGGUUAACCACAAAAGAUAGGAUUGGCUCAUGGGGCAUAGAUAUUGAUCCAAUCUGUCCGCUAUGUGGACUUGCUGAUGAGACCAUCCAACAUUUCGUAUUUGAGUGCAAUGUUACAGGGGCCAUUUGGAGGUGCUUACUAAGGUGGCAAGGCAUCCCAAGAGCCAAUUUAUCAUGGACAGAAGUAGUGAAAUGGGCUGAGAGGUACUGCAAAGGAAGAAGCUUGGGUGCAAGUAUACACAAGAUCACACUUGCUGCUACUGUCUAUCAUGUGUGGCUUGAACGUAAUGGGAGAGUUUUUAAGCAGAAGCAAAGAUCCCGGGAGGCAAUAGUGCGAUUGAUAAUCCAGGAAGUUUACUAUAGAGCUAGCUUAUUUCCAAAGUGA